UUAGCUGAGCUAGACAAUACGAUGCGCGAAGUCAUAGAUAUCGACACCGAGAUGAAGGCGAACGAGAAAGCUCUCUCCGAGUUGCACCAAAGGGUGGCCAGAGGGGAAGAGAUCACCGAACUUGUCGAGGUGUAUGAGAAAAGCAUUAAGGGGGUGCUCAACACGUAUCGCAAUUCGACUACACGACAGAAGUACGGUAAACAUGAAGAAUACGUCAAGUACAAAGAGGCUGUGUGGGAGGUCGACCACGAGGAGGCCAUGCCCCCCAUCAACGACUUCCUCCCCGCCGAGGAAGGCGACGACAGCGACGACGAGGAUCUUCAGAUGGGCGGUGUCACACAGGACUACAAGUGCCCACUGACCCUCACAAUCAUGAAGGACCCGCUAACAUCAAAAUUAUGCCACCACUCGUACUCCGCCGAUGCUAUCCGGGAAUACCUCGCACGUGGACCAAAAGCAUGUCCUGCUGCCGGUUGUACAGUGCGAAUCACCGUAGGGGAUUUGGAACCGGACCCGGCCUUGGCCAAGCGAGCCAAACGGUUCGCCGAGAGGGCCGCGAGACACGAAUCAGAUAGCGAGGAUGAUGCGGACGAGAUCGUCGAUUGA